UUCUUUUCCUCUCUUCUUCCAGUCAUUCUUUUGCCUGAUCUCUACUAGACUACACGCCCUGUUCUUGAACUUGCCAACUGACAACGGUGUUCUGCAUAUUAUUGAGAGCAAUAUAUUACUACCAUUUGCAGAUAUAUCCUUUUCCCUACAUUCAUUCACAUAUUCUUUCUAUACAUCCUCACCAUGAUCGACAAGUCCGCCAUCAUCGUCUUCGUCAUUCUCGGCUGUAUCGUGUCUACACUCAUCGGAUACUCCAUCCACUCCGUCGCCACGGGCGGGUUCCGCAACGACGAGCAGGAAAGAGAACUCUCCAAUGAGCAGAGAUCCUACAUGCGAGACUUACGCCUACGCGAUAUCUACUGGAUGGCACGGGACAAUGGUCUUAGGUUCAAUCCGGAGCCUCCCCGCGACUUGGAGAAGCAAUAAUAGGCAUGGCCGUUAUUUUUGGAGGCUAGUGUUGGUUGCAUUUACGGCGUUUGGGGCUGGG